AUGACUUUCUGUGGAAGGCUCCGCUCAUUCUUCAAGAGAGUCAGGCAUAGGAAGAACAGGAUUUGUCACCAUGAAGAGGAGUGCAGCAGAAGCACAGACAGCUCCCAGCAAAAAGAAAAGGCCAAGCCUCAGAAGGAGGAGCUGGAUGAAAAUGAAUCACAGAUCUGUUUUUUCAACUUGAGGAAUCUCAGAGAAGGAAAUGGCCCUUCCCUGGUGCAAGAGUCCACAGACAACCUGUGUGCCUUGGCUGAGACCAAGGUGGCCGGGGUCCUGCGGGCCAUCUGCAAGUACCGCCAGAGCAUCCACAAGAUUUCUCCAAAGCAUCGCUUGUGCAUUAAUCAGAUCCUGCAAGCUGUGAUCAAGUCAGCCAGUAGCAUAGACUACAAACUGGCUAACGUCCUCAUCAAACUGGCCGCUGAAGAUAUGCUGAGGACCACGGAUCUUCAGGACCUGUAUCAGGACGCGGCUGGUGACAUCCUGGUGGCCUUGUGGAGCCACUUCCCGGCAGACGUGUUGACCAAGCUCCUGGAGGGCUUCCGAGGCCGGCUGCUCCCGUACCGUAGCAUCCUCUGUGUCUUGGGGAAACUGGCAAACAAAGCUUUCACCGAGAGUGACACCUUCAAGAUCGACGUGUGGGAGCAGAAGCUGGUGGAGUUUGUGGAGCGGCUCUUGAUCGAUGUCACGGAUAAGGCUUGCUUUCAGGAACUCCAUCAGGAGCUAGUGAAAGGGGACACAAAAUGCGACAGCCAAAGCCCUGAAAAGAUCUUCCUCUACCAGUACUAUGGAGCCAUCCUGCGUACCUCAGAUGACUCUCAGUUAGUCCAAGAGCAACUCUGCAGUAUCCUGUCCCUGUCCCACCGAGGACCUUUGGAAGCAAUGGGCAUCGCUUCCGCUGUGGGCUUGGCUGCAUCCCGCCACCCCGAUGAGGUUUUAAAGGCACUGGAGAACUUCAACAAGAAUGGGUCACAAGCCAGCCAGCACUGCAAGUCGACCACGCUGCUGCUGUGCUACGGACGUGUGGCCCUGGGCAUGAAGGAGGAGCUGCUCCCUCGGGUCGAACUCAUCCUGACCAAAAUGAUGGAGCACUUUGCCAUCGCCCCCUUGGACAUAAACCUGAAGAAAACCUUUUUGAUUGCUGUGCUGAUGUUCCUCGAGGCCGUUGCUGCAACAGGUAAAGCACAAGGCCUCCGUCUGGACAAGAAAACGGCACUGGUGGAAUGCCUGAUCGUGCUGAUUGAAAGAGAACCUGUCCACACACUGGCCAGCACAGUGCGUCAGGAUGCUAUGUACAUCGCGAAAGAACUCAGCAAGCUGAAGCCUCUCCUGGAGGCAGAGAAGAAAUCCCAGCUGCUCUGCGUCUCCUUCGUGAGCGUGUUUGGCCUUCCCCCCCUGGACAGCCUAGAAGGGCAAACGUACGGAAACGAGCCGGCAGUGGAUGACGUCAAAGGCCUCUACCACCAGACCAUGAGCAGCUUUGAGGAGAUGCUGCAAGACCUGCUGCUGGAGAACCCACGCCCAAGUGAGCUGCAGCACCUGAUGAAGAUCAUGGAACCAUGGAUGACCUCAAAAUCAGAUCAUGUGCGUGAGAGAGCGGUGGAGACAGCAAUGAAGCUCUUGAAAUUUGUAGCUGGGCGUUUCCACUUUGAUCUGUCUCGGGACUUCAGCAAGCUGGCCCACCUGACUGCUGUUCUGAUAGCUCUGUGCAAUGAUCCGGUGCAGCGCAUUAGUGCUUUUGCAGUGCAAGGAGUCAGCUGCCUCUAUGAGAUCUUGUUGCGCCGGAAGGGGCUGAAGAAGAGCAAGCAGAAGAGGAGGAAGUGGCCGAUGCAGAGGAGCUUCAAGGCCCAGGAAGAGGAGUGGUGCUCCCUCGUGGUGCUGGACAGCAGCUGGCAGAUGGCAAUGGUGCAAGACAUCGUGGGAGCCAUCUACAUGUGCCUGCAGCUGCGCCAGGCCUCGUAUUGGACUCGGAAAGUGGUGCUGAGGACAUUAGCCUUCCUGAUCCCGUAUCACAUGGAGGAAGUCCUGCGAAGCUGCCUCUCUUUUUCAAUACCCGUGAACAGGCACGCUAGUGAGCUCUGGGCAGCAAUGGCCUCAACGCCCCCUGUGGCCGGGCAAAUCCUGCAGCUGUUGCUGAAGAACCUCCAGGUCAAGGAUCCUUCGGAGGGGGAUGAAGCCAGCGCCACCAUGUCUCUGGCUGCAAUGAACGUCAUCUACGAGACCUUCCGCAUUCCCGGGUACCGCGCAGCCCUGGCAGAGAUGCACUUUCAGCUAUUCAUCCCUUUGCUCAAGCAGGUCCUUUACGUGAUGCAGCUCAACUUGCCAGAGGCCUUAAAAGCCAGGCAGGAAGUCAUCCUGAGAGAAAACCCUGAGGCACUCAGCUUCAAGAGCAUGGCAGUCGAGAUCAUGAAAAACCUGUUCUCUGUCGCUGAGGACUGGCUGGUCUACGCCUGCAUCGAGUUCCAGCAAGGAUGGCUGGCGCUGAGCACCCCGCAGCAGUUCUUACAAGGCACGCGUCUGCUGGCCAGGGCCAUGACAGAGUGUGACAGUCCACACAUCCCCGGCAUCUUUGGGGAGGCCGCCCUCAUCCUCAGCAGCGAGGAGGACGAGCUGAGCAAGAUGACGGCUUUGGCGCUGGUCAUUGAGUUCCUCAAGAGCCCCUCUGCCGCCAAGCUGAUGAACAGGUUCAACCUCAAGGACCACCUCGAGGACGGCGCGGCAUCCUCCAAUCCGGUCAUCCGAGACCUUUGUGUGAAAGGGCUGAGCAGCUUUGUGUUCCAGCCAGGGAAGGUCAAGCUUCUCCGAGAAGAGCUCCCAACCCUGAUCGACUCCAUGUUCAGCGGGCCUAAAAAGCACAUCCUCGAGGGACUGGGAGCUAUCAUGACCGCAAUCUAUAAGAUGGAUGGCCAGGGGAUUGGGCCUCUCUGCGUGGACCUGGCUCUGAAUGUUCGCUCAUUCUUUGAGGAUGAAAGCGCCGGCGUGCGUGCAAUGGCCAUCUUGCUGUUCGGGCAGCUGGUGAUGAGAGCGAAAGAAGCUGACAAGACCCUCCUGGAGAAGGAAGUUGUGCACAGCCUGCUCCCUUUGCUGCUCCACCUGAAAGACCGGGACGACACAGUUGUCAUGAGAUGCAAACUGGCCCUUUUGCAUUGUGGCGUCUUCCUUGGAUGGGGUCACCUGAAGCUGAUGUUCUGCAGCCUGGCCUGGGACGACCACCGGAGCUGCUUGGUGAAAGUCUGGAAAUACCUGAUGAGGAACAGCCAUGACAACAUCCACCUCUUCCUAUCCCAGGCCUUGGGAUACCUCCAUCACCCGCAGAUAGAGAUAAGUCACACGGCUGCACGGUUCACAGGUGAGACGUUCAACUAUUACAGCUCUGAGCUAUCAGAACACCUUGAACAGGAGGACAUUUUGUACCUGAAGAAAGUUUUCCAGAAGAUGAAAUCAGGCCCAGAUCCCAGCAGGGUGCACUUCGCCAAAACCUACCGCGUGGCUUUGCAGAAGCUGUCCGUGAAACGGAGGCUGAUUGAAGCCGGAGACAAGGAUGCUCAAGUGACUGACAGCUGCCCUGAAGGGGGGGACGAAGAUGUAACCUUUUAUAUUAUUCAGUUGCAGAAACAAUUUCAGGUCCUACAUGUGUACGCCCAGGAUGCCCAGCCGCUGCCUCUGGACGUCCCAGUGCACCCGCUGAGGCCAGGAGACACAGUCUGGAUCCGUAAGAUACCAGCUAGACCAGGCGAGCCGAAGUGGAAAGGCCCCUUCACCAUUCUGCUGACUACUCGCACCGCUGUCCGGGUCAAAGGCAUCAACUCCUGGGUCCAUUACACUCAUUGUAGCAAGCAACCACCGCCGCCUGAAGGUCUCACAGUGCUGAUUGAGACUGGAGCCGGAGACAAGGAUGCUCAAGUGACUGACAGCUGCCCUGAAGUGCUGUGCUACAUCGUCAGGGCUGGCCAGGGGCCAGGCAACGUGGGCCUCCGUUGCUCACCUCUCACAGCCUACCGAUACCGACGGUCGACACCGUACAACCGCAAUCGGACCUGCCAGGACUGUAUUUUGGCCAGGGACCCCGCUUGCGCCUGGAGCCCAGUGCAGGAGGCCUGCCAGGACCACCGUGGACAGGCUGGGCUGAUCCAGGACAUCACAUCCGUGAAGGUGCUGAAUUUGUGCCCCGUGCAGAGCAAAGGGGUGCCCACCACCAUUGAGGUGCCCGUGCUGCUCUCUGCCCGGGUGGUCCUACCCUGCGUCCCCCAGUCCACCUGGUCCAGCUGCGAGUGGCAGAGACCGUCCCCAGAGGCAUCAGCCUACAUCGUGCGCAGCGACGGACUGGAGUUCACCGUGACGGCGGAAACGCUGGGGGAAUACACGUGCCGCUGCACGGAGUCUGGGGUGGGGGGCGUGGGGGCCUCCUACAGCCUGGUGAGUGCCAGCCAGGGCGGGCACAAUCCGUACCAGUCGGUCGAGCGCAGCUACAGCGUCCUGGUCGGCGUCUUCUGCUUCGUCUUGGGCGUCGUUGUGAGCAGCGGCUGCUUGUUGCUCCAUGAACGAUGCCGGCGGGAGCGCCUGCAGUGGGAGCUGAUCUGCCGGGAGAGGAACGGGCUGGACCUGAUGCAGUCAACCACCACGAGCUGCAGCCACGAGCCACAAACCCCGAGUUCGCCGGAGGACGAGCGCCACCCGCUGGCCACGGCCAAGAAGAACAGCAGCCUCAAUGGCUACCCCCACCUCUACAUCAAGGAGCUGGACAGGCCCGCAUCUACCUGA